AUGAGUAACGAAGAGAGUAAGAGAGUCGGACGUAAGGGUAUUGCGCGAAAGGCGCUGCCCAAGCAGAUGCUCUUGACAGAGAAAUCUCCUACCAUCUCAUCGACAGAUGUGGCUGCUGACCCUUUUGGCGCCUACCUGUUUACCAGCGCACCUCCUCCUCCGACGCCGGGCGGCACAGCUACUGCGCCCAAGGCAGCAACUCCGAGCAUCACAUCCUCAUCAUCAUCCUCGACAACUACUACUUCGUCUCCGCAACCAUCGUCUUCAUCGUCGGCAACAGUAGCCGUCCAGAAUGACAGCAAUCACACAGAGAGUAAUAGUAGUAGUAGUAGCAAUACUACUAGUACUAGUAAUAGUAGGACAGCAACAGUAUCAAACAAUAAUAAUAAUAAUAAUAUCAUUUCCACCACCACCACAACAAAGUCAUCAGCCAUAUCAAACACUCUUUCACCAAGAGGAGCACCUAUCAAUACGAUCCCACAAUCGCCCUCCUCGUCUUCUAUUUCCUCUGCUUCAUCGAGCUCGAUGUUGUCGUCUCGCUCCUCUCCACUAGCGUCUCCACCCAUGCUUUUGUCGUCGCCUAAUGCCGCCGGCGGUGCAGGCAGUCAUCAUCACACCUCUCAUCCACCUCCUCACCACUCUCAGUUACCAAAACUAUUGCUCGACUCUGAGAUACUAUCGAAACCGAGCAACAGCACCACCUCCACUAGUUUAUCAUCGACGACAUCGACCAUCCCAAUCACCCCAAAAGAAGAACCAACGACCACUACAACGACAACUACUAGCAAUAGCAGUACCACAACCACUACAACCACAACCAAAACAGAAAAGAGUCAUCAUCAUCAUCAUCACCAUCGCAAAGGUGAUGAUCGUAAAGGUGGUAGUGAUGACCACCACAACAACAAUAGUAGUAGCAGCAGCAGCAGUAAUAGUCAUCGUUCAAAAGGUGGUGAUGAUCACCAUCAUCAUAAAGAAGAACCCACACCAACACCAACUCCAGGCAAGAGAAAAACAGGAAAGAAUUCAAGAAAACAUGCAGCAAAAACAACUACAGUUGAAGUUGAGGAAGAAGAAGAUACAUCUACCAUUAGAUGUAUAUGUACGAAUAACAUUGAUCAAGGUUUGAUGAUUCAAUGUGAAAAGUGUGACGUUUGGCAACAUGCUAUCUGUUUUGGCAUCCAAAAGGAAAACUCUGUGCCCAAACACUACUAUUGCGAACUGUGUGUGCCACGUCUGAUCAAUUGUUCGUGCGGUAAAAAGGAUUCAGUGGGUAAGAUUGCCGAGUGUGUCAUGUGCAAGACUUGGCAACACCAUACCUGCUUUAAUUCCAAGUUGUCAGAGCCCCACAUUUGCACGAGUUGUGAAAAACUAGAUAAACUUGAAAAUAAUUUGGACUUGGAACUCGCCUCUAACAGUAGCAACAAGGACUCUCCGAAAACCACUACCAGUUCACCCACUCUUUUGUCGCCCGUUGCCUCGGCUGUUGUUCAUCAACAACACCAUCAUCACCAGGACUCUAAAAAGCAUGAUAAAAAGGAAAAGAAACAAACAAAGGCUACUGCUGCUGCCGCUGCAUCUGCCAUAGCCACACCUACGCCUAAAAAAGAAGAAAAAGAAGAGCAAGACCAACCAAUGGCAGAGGACGAUGAAAAAGAAGAGGAAUCUCCAUCACUGACCAAUGCAUCCACUGCAACACCAACCACCAAGCCAAAGAAAAGAAAGUCGACUUCGUAUGGUUCGAGAAGAAAGAAACCCGCCAAGAAAACAACAACAACAACCAAGGACAAGGAGGAGAAAUCAACAACUGCCGUCGGAGACGAAGAUGCCAAUGAAAGCGAUCACAGUGGCAACAAUACACCAAUGCUAGUCGAUUCAGACACCAACUCACCCAUUCCAAAGCUAUUGGAUAUCGAAGCAAUCAAAGAGACCUUUGUCUUUAUCGAAGAUGUCCGUCCAAUCCAAGCAAUCAAGGAUACUCUUGGUCGUAUAGAGUAUCCCAAAGAAUCUGUAGAAUUUUUAAAUUCUUUUGAAUUAUUUUCUUAUAUUGAAUCAUUAGUUAUUAGAGAAAUGAUUUCUGAUGAUUAUUGUAAAAGAAAAUUAAGAAUAGAAAAAAAACAAUAUCAACAACCACAUCAAGAACAAUGUAUACAUAAAUUAAAUAUCGAUGAUAACUUGUUGUUUCAAAAGUAUAGUUGGGUAUACGUAGAUACAUUGGAUGAAUCACAAAGAAACAAUAUUAAAAAGGCAAUGUCAAGCCUGUUGGAUCUGUCAGAGGACACGAUCACUGGCUACAUGAUAGAAUACGCACACGAGAUUAUAAAACAAACAAACCAAAACGAAAAGGACCAACAACAAGAACCAUUAUUUAAUCAUUACAAUUGGAAACAAAUCACUGACAACCAAAUCAUUGGCAACAACAUUGCUAAUAGAAUCGGAAAACUAAAGGAAAAGGAACAGCUACAGUAUUGUAAUGGUAAUUUCUCCUUGUUGCAAAACAAAUACAAAGAUUUCAAGCAACAACAUCAUCAAAAACAAGAAUCACCAAAUACCUCCUCCUCGACAACUACCUCUACCACCACAACUACAACCUCUACCACCACAACAACAACCUCUACCACUACUGCUGCCGUUGCUGGUUCACCAUCAUCUUUAAUUUAUUUAACACCAUCACUCAAAACAAUCCAAUCCGACCGUGUUAGAUCACCGACCAAAGAGAUUGUUAUACCUAAACUUUUGACCGCCACCGAAGUAGAUCGUGGCGUAUUGUUGGAAGAGUUUGUCGGUUUGAUAUCAUGUCCACAAACCGAAAAGGCAGACAUUCGAUCAUCCUGGUCUGACGGAUCAUCGUUUUUGUUUUCACCAGUCGAUCCCUAUGUCCUCUACCUUGGUGGAAAUGGCCUGACAACCACCGAGUGGCAAACUGGAUGGAGAGGAUGUGAUUCUCUUGUCUGUAUCGACACUCGUCAACAAGGUAGUAGCUCCCGGUUUGUCCAUCGUUCAUGUACACCAAAUAGUAGGAUCGUAUGUCUGUUUGGUGAUUAUAACAAGGUUGAUGGAGAUAUCAACAAUAGCAACAACAACAACAACAACAACAAGCAAGAAGUCAAAUUACAUGCAAUGAUCCAAACCAGAGUUUGUUUACCAAAAGACACCGAGGUUACCAUUGCCUAUGACUACCCGUAUCGCGCACUAAAGACACCCGUACAGUGUCCAUGUGGAACGUCAACUUGCUCCGUACAGAUUUGGUUCAAUGAAAGAGCUUCACUAGCCAUAAAGAUGUUGGAGUAUUUGGGCGUGCCAGUUGACUCUGCCACUGCCAAGCGAGAGCGCGAAAGAAAGGAACAAAAGGAAAGAGAAUGGAUGAAUCAAUCGUGCGGUUCAAUCAUGUCGGGAAUCAACAAGCGACGCUCUCAACAGUCGCAACAACUCAUCAAAAAAACAAAAAAUCGACGAUGA